AUGAGUCGACAUUUUGCUGCUGCUUUGUCUGUGGCUGUAGUUUUCCUGCCUCUGCUGUGCAGCUCCUGUCCGGUGCAAUGCAGCUGCUUCUUCCACAAACUAAGCGACGGAUCCAAAGCAAGGAGUGUGCUUUGCAACGAUCCAGAUAUCACCGUGGUCCCUCCAAACUUCCCCUCCGACACGUCAAAGCUCCGAAUCGAGAAGACGGCGAUCACACGGAUCUCCGGCAACAACUUCCACUACCUCAACAGCCUGGAGUUCCUCUGGAUGUCCUUUAAUUCGCUCAGCUCGCUGAGCGUCGACAGCUUCCGGGGUCUCUACAACCUGGACGAGCUGCGGCUGGACGGAAACGCCCUCACCUCCUUCCCCUGGGAGUCUCUGACCGACAUGUCCAACCUGAGGCUCCUCGACCUGCACAACAACAAGAUCUCCAGCAUCCCCGCCGAGGCCACCAUGUACAUCAAGAACCUCACCUAUCUGGACCUAUCGAGCAACAGCCUGACCACCGUCCCCGCUGACGUCCUCACCAUGUGGCUGAGUGUGAAGCCGUCACAGGACAGCGAUUCCAAACUAAUUCUGGGUCUCCAUGACAACCCGUGGCUGUGCGACUGCCGACUGUACGAUCUGGUCCAGUUCCAGAAGUCCCCCUCGUCGUCCGUGGCCCUCAUCGACACCAGGCUGAGGUGCGCCGAUCCGGAGAGCCUUUCAGGGGUUCUCUUCACCGAGGCGGAGCUGCAGAGGUGCCAGGGCCCUCGGGUGCACACGGCCGUGGCUCGCGUUCGCAGCUCACUGGGCAACAACGUCCUGCUCCGCUGCGGAACGGUCGGGGUGCCCAUCCCCGAGCUUUCCUGGAGCCGCGCCGACGGCAAGAAGAUGAACGGCACAGUUCAAGAAGAGAUUUCAAAGGAAGGCAUCAUCUGGUCCAUUCUGAGCGUGCCUGCUGUCUCCUACCGGGAUUCUGGGAAAUACAUAUGCAAGGCAACUAACUUUGUGGGCACUGCAGACGCCAUCAUCUCCCUGGUCAUCACAGAUUCCUUGCGGGCAGAUGAAGCAGGCGGCGGUGGCGGCGGCGGCGUUUCUAAGCGAACAAGAGGGAAGAAGCCUGGUGGUAUUGGAAGGGCGGCCUACCAGGAGAAACUUAUUGCCAGAUAUGUUCCUCCACCUACAGCCACGGCUGCUCAGCCCAUCAUCGAGCCUCUGAACAGCAAAGGCGUGACUGGGAAGUAUGAGAUCGAGAGCUACAGCAUCUCUGACGGCGCCUCUCAGGGACAAGGCAAAGCUUCAGAGCCUCAGAAGCCGGUGGAGAUGGAUGCUUUGAGCAACUUGGCAGCCAACGCCUCGUCCUUACAGCAAGCUCCUGAGAAAAGGAUCGUGCGUUCAGUGAAGGUGAUCGGCGACACCGACCACACGGUGUCUCUGAACUGGCGAGCCCCCACAGCCACAAACACCACAGAGUUCAGUGUCCUAUAUGCUGUAUUUGGCGAGAGAGACAUGCGUAGGAUCAAUGUGGGCGCUGGAAAGAACCGAAUCACCAUCGAUGGCCUUGUGCCUAAGACAAAGUACAUUGCUUGUGUUUGCGUCAAAGGUCUGAUCCCGAAAAAGGAGCAAUGUGUAAUCUUCUCAACCGACGAGGCGGCCAGCGCCAGCGGCACUCAGAAGCUCAUUAAUGUGGUGGUGAUAACGGUGGCGUGCGUGAUCGCCGUCCCCCUGACACUGAUCGUGUGCUGCGGGGCGCUAAAGAAACGUUGCCAAAAGCUGCUGGGGAGGCAAUCCAAGGAGAUUCAGGACUCGUACGUCACCUUUGAGACCCUCGGCCCCGCGGCCAAGGCUAAGGGGAUGGAGGGCGAGUAUCUGACCAGGCUAAACCCGGACGAAUCCAACAGGCUGCUGUCAGCGAGGUCCAGCAUUGACUCAGAGGCCACAGCCAGGACUGAAGGGCCACCGAAUGAGUACUUCUGCUAG